UGCUCUAUUCGUUGGCCGCGUGCGGUUCCAGUUCUCGUUGUACUUGGCAGCAUUCGACGGAUUUUUGUGGCGCGAAAUAUUGUAUUUGCUUUUGAGAAGAAUUAACGCAGAAAGACAUUGUUUAUUCACUGCCCGUGCUAUUUUGUUGUGCUUUACACCGAAAAAGAAGAGAACACAGCCAUUUUCGCUUAAAAUAUAUCUAUACAUCGCUUCAUUUGGACAACGCAUUAAAUUCAAAUUUAAGUAUUCAAACAAGUGUCUCAAGAGUAAUAAAUUUAUACAAAUAACAAUUUACAGCUCCAAGCCAAACAAAAUUCAAUCAAUUAUUGGGUUUAAGCAAUUAUCGCGCAUGAAGAGGUUCUUUUUUUUAUUUUUGUUAAUCCAACCAGUUCACAGUUUGCAAUAUAAAAAGUGAAAAGCAAAUUUGUCGUAAUUUCGAUAAUUACUUUAUUAGUCAGUCGAAUGUGUGAAAAUCUACAAUCCAGUAUAGUAUGUAUACAGUACCUGCCUGAAAGAAAAAAUGAUAGCCGAACUGUGGAACACACAUGAAUACUACAUAUAAGCUAAUAGAUAGCUACAAAAACUAUAUUGUAUGUUGUUUACGGUAUCAAAAUUAAUGGAUUUUGUGUGCUAUUUUAUGCGUACACAAUUUGGGCGGCACUCUAAUACACAUAGCCUGAUGAAUCAACACGCUAUUGUUGUGAUUUUGGGCCAAGUUUGGGCCAGGUUAAUGGCUGCGAACAGAGUGAAAGGCUGGCCGACAAUGACCAGACCUACAUAGAAAAGACAAUUGUUGGAGUCAUAUGUAGUGCAUUUAUCUAAUGACUUACUAAAAGCCAAUUAUAAUUGCCUUUCACACGCUCGAAUUGCGCAAACUCGUGACUAAGAAAUGUUGUAAAUUUCAUAGUAAUUCUCUGAUCAUUUACUAUUUGCAAAUUUCCGCAUAGUUGCCAACGUCGGUAAUCGAGAAAACCCCCAAUUACAAAUUGAAAUCCCAAUCAACAAUUUGCAACAAAGUGCUCAAUUUGAUUGCUUCACAAAUGGAGUCAAAAUUUGGACAAUUUUUUUAUUUUUGGCGGUUUAUAACAUUUUACACUCCGUUCAAGUUGACCGCUCAACUGUGAAGCGAAAAGGAAACCUUCAGGUGGGUAAUUAGCAGCAGAAGCUAUUACCAAGAGAACGUACCCUGUAGUCAGAUUAUUAGAUUUCAAGAGAUCAAGAAUAUUGUAUAAUGUAUAAUUUAUAAUGGCCUGCACUAGCAGAUCAUAAGUCAAAUUCACCUGCUCGUUUUAACUGUCGCACAAUAGUUAAUUCACAUCUGUUGUUUUUCUCGCUUUUAUUUUAUGCUAAUUUAUGCAAAGCGUGUGCCCAGUGCCGGUUCUUGCUUUGGAGGAAGUACCUGGCUAUAUACAUAUAUGCUAAUAUUGUAUAAAAACAACAUUGUGACCUAAUCAAAGCUAAGCGAGUAGGGGAAGAGAGAGUAUGACGUGGGCGGUGCCCAAUAGUUCGUUGUUUGCUUUCCACAGCCUUGAACUGUUUUGAGAAGGAAAAUAUGUUUGGAUUGUAUAUUUUAUGGGCCAACACGCGCAUCAUGUGUCAACAAUCAAUCUGGGGCCCUGUCAAACUUUGUAUAGCAUUUUAUUUAAUGAAAAUUUUCGUGGUUUAACGAACUUGAUGAAAUCUCAUCGUCUUGUGUUUCCUCAUCAUGUGGCCGAACUGAACCGUAGCUGAUAAUGAGGUCGGGCUUAAUCAAAAGGUGCAAGUGCGCAGGGCUAUACUAAUGUCUGCUGUCGACUUACGUAUUGAAGAAAGGUUUAAGAACUGGAACACGAUACGAGUUAUUUAAAAGUAAUGUGCAAAAUGUGAAACAAAUAAUUUGCCUCUUAGUGGCCAAUGAACUUUGAUUGCCUUUCACUCACAAACAUAAGAAGAAAAAUAUAAUUACAAGCACGAAGUCGUGCCGUUUAAAGUCAGAUUUCAAGCUUAAGAUUAUGAAGCUGGUAGAAUAAAAAUUGUAUUUAGCUGAGCUAGGCAUAUAAAAAACUUUAAUUGACUAGUCUAAGGCAAAUACUACCCAAUUAAUUAACAUGAAUCUCAGCUCUUGUAGCUGUUGUGCAAACAAUUAGCAAAGUAAUGAAAAAACGGCAACGGCCUCUAGAGACUCUUGAAUAAUUAGUUGCAUUGUACGAAGAAGUUGAUAAACAGACAGCCAUAUGCUAUCUGAAAUAAUACGUGUUAUGCUGAACAGCUGCUAAAAAUAGCUACGAAUAUAAAAUCAGAGUAUAAUGAACCAUAUAAAUGAUAUUCUAAGCAACAAAAUGGGAAUAUUAUAAAUAUCUAUAAAUUAACUUAUAAAGUAAUUUUAGGAGCUGACAAAAAAAUCAUCGAAUAAUAUAUUUAAAAAUGUAUAUUCAUGAAGAUAAAUAACCGAAAUAACAAAGAAGAUAAUACGCUUUGAUAAAAUAAUAUAAACGAUGUUUUCUUAAUCUAACUGAUUAUAUCAGAAGAUAACUUGAUCCUUAUCUAAUUUGAACAAAUCAUAAUCUUACCCGAAUCGUAAUAGCUUAUUCCCAUAUAAAUAUUCAAAUUUUUGGCUUUAGCCAAUCUUUCUUUAGAUUUCACCUACAUUUUGUUAACAAACCCAUUCUCAAAUAUUCCUUUUUCAGGCAGCUUCUUGAGACUUCACAGCUGCAAGCAUGGAAACGGAGUCGCUCAAUCGCAAGAACUCCUCACGCAAGAGCUCCAUUGUGAACGGCAAUGGAGAUGCAUCCACCAAACUGACAAAUGGCGAUGACGGUGCAGGGGAUGGCGGUGCUGGUGGCGGUGAGGUGACACUCAAAGCCAAAAUGAGCUUAUUGAACGGCUGCACCGUCAUUGUGGGCUCAAUCAUUGGCUCCGGUAUCUUUGUCUCGCCCACGGGUGUGCUGAUGUACACGGGCAGCGUUAAUUUGGCGUUGAUUGUGUGGGUCAUAUCCGGACUCUUCUCAAUGGUGGGCGCCUACUGUUACGCCGAGCUGGGCACCAUGAUAACCAAAUCUGGAGCCGAUUAUGCGUACAUUAUGGAAACGUUUGGACCCUUCAUGGCUUUCAUACGUCUGUGGAUCGAGUGCAUGAUUGUGCGUCCCUGCUCUCAGGCCAUUGUGGCUCUAACAUUUAGCACCUACGUUCUGAAGCCCUUCUUUCCGGAAUGCACACCACCCGAGGAUGCAUCACGACUGCUCGCCGUUUGCUGUAUACUGGUGCUGACAUUAAUCAAUUGCUGGGACGUUAAAUGGGCCACCGCUGUGCAGGAUAUCUUUACAUAUGCAAAACUGUUCGCCCUGUUUAUUAUUAUUGCCACGGGCAUGUACCAGCUUUAUAUGGGCAAUGUGAAGUACUUUACUUUCGAUAAUAGCGACACGCGGGUUACAUCCUUGGCACUGUCCUUCUACUCGGGCCUGUUCGCCUACAAUGGCUGGAAUUACUUGAACUUUAUCAUUGAGGAGCUGAAGGAUCCCGUCAAAAAUCUGCCUCGUGCCAUUGCCAUUAGCUGCACACUUGUCACCGUCGUCUAUGUCAUGGCCAAUGUAUCCUUCUACACAAUUCUCUCGCCGGAGGAGGUAUUAGGCUCCUCCGCUGUGGCUGUUACCUAUGCGGAGCGAGCCUUUGGCAUGCUGGCCUGGACCAUACCAGUAUUUGUGGCACUGUCCACAUUUGGAGCCGUCAAUGGAAUUUUGCUCACCUCCUCGCGCCUGUUCUACGCUGGCGCCAACGAGGGUCAGAUGCCAGAGAUUUUAACCAUGAUUCAAAUUCAACGUUUUACACCCACGCCCGCAGUGCUGGCCAUGGCUCUGUUGUCCAUGCUGUACCUCACGGUAUCCGAUAUCUUUGCGCUUAUCAACUAUGUGGGCUUUGCGACUUGGUUGAGCAUUGGCGUUGCGGUUCUCUGCCUGCCCUGGCUGCGCUGGGCUCAGCCCAAUUUGCCACGCCCCAUUCGCGUGCCCUUGGUAUUCCCCGUUGUAUAUCUGAUUGCCACAAUAUUCGUUACUGUUGUGCCCAUGUACGCCAGUCCCGUGGAGACGGGCUAUGGCAUACUCAUGAUACUGUCCAGCAUACCCGUCUAUUUGGUAUUCAUUGCCUGGAAGAAUAAGCCGAUUUGGUUCCAGAAAUCCAUGGUAGGCCUAACGCACUUCCUACAAAAGCUGCUCAUGGUACUCGGCAAGCAAAAGAAACCAGCUCAGGUGUAGAGAUUAGUGGAUGGAUAAUAGCGGUUCAUCUGUUGCCAGAGAUUACGCAGAGAUUAUUAAGGACGUGGAUACAUCAUGUUAGCCAACAGCAAAUGAUAGCAUUUAAUAUUUAAAAUUGCAUAAGCAAAUUACAAAAAAGAAAUCAAGCUUUUGUGUAUACACUAAAUUCCAGAACUUGGCGCGAUUUGAACGACAUUCGGCAAACUUAAAGCGCGCCCAGCUCAGCAAUAAAACUACGAAUAGAUAUAUUUUUAUAUAUGUUUUAAGUUAACACUAAGCCCAGUGCAGCAUGUUUUAUUUCUUCAGCUCAUAAUAUUUAACUAACACAAGGCUUUGGACUCAAGGACUGUGGGAAACUAAUGGAAAGUACAAGGGAAAUCAAAACAGAAGUUGUCCAAAGCUUAAUGUUAGUUUAAAUUUACAGAUCCCCAUAAACAAUAUAUGCACAGUCGGUUGAAGACCAUAAGAACUACAAAACGGCAUGAACAACCCUCUGUAUAUAUAUAUAUAUUAUAACAUACCUUCUACCAGUUAUCUUGAGGGUAAAUGUAAUACUCUUGUGUAGAAUAUUCAAAUCGUUAGCCAGCAAAAAUCAUUUGCAUCAUAAACAAAAUGCAGUUUGCAGCAUUUAAGAGUUAUCAAUGUUUUUUCAAGCGCGCUUUUAAAAUUGUUAAUUAAAAUUUAGUUUAGAAAUUAGUGCGACAUACCCAGAAACAUAAAAAAAGAGCAUUGCAAUUUACGUUGAACUACGAAAAAAUUAUAUUAAUUUUUUUUAUAGUACUUUAAGCAGUUUUUCUUAAGAUCUUUGAGUUAAGUUUCGAAAAUUGAAAAUUAAUUUUAAAUACAUGUGUAUUUAUUUAAUGUGGUUAUUAAAUUUGCCAACUGCCAACAAAAGUUUAAAAAACUAUCAAAAUCCAGAUGAAAUCCAGUUACCUUAUACCCUUACU